AUGAGAAAAAUUAAUAAGAAAAAAAAAACACUUUUGGAGCAACUAGCAAAAAUAAAAACAAUGUCACAAUAUCAGAACCCUGUAGACGACUACAAUGAUUCGCGACGAAAUCAGUUUGAGAGCGAGGGUGGGCAUGUAUAUUCGAAUAAUCAUUCUGGUCGGGAGUUAGACGAAGUCGAAAUGUCCAAAAGUCGAAGAUUUGUCAAGCAAACAGCGAAAUUUCUCGUCUCACAGGUUGGGCUCGUCGGUCUUGUUGUUGUAUAUGCAAUCGCCGGGGGAUUUCUAUUCGAAUUACUCGAGCAACAUCAAGAAAAAUUGAAUUGUCAGGAAGCUCAAGGUGAAAUCGCCGUGCAAUUAACGAAACUUAAACAAAAAAUCGUCUCCUAUGUGCAAUACAACACUUCAGUAACUUCACCACCGCCUUCGCCAACAUCCGUUCCAACGUUAACAUACGUUCUCGAACGAGACAAUCAAACCGUAGCGUAUGAAAAGAUCGCGACAAUGUUAUACAGUUACCGAGAUUUUAUUAUAUCCAUUGGAUCAGAAUAUCGGUACUAUGGAGAUGACUGUUCGUCUACCAAAUGGACACUUCCGAAUGCAUUAUUGUUCGCAAUCACGAUUAUUACUACAAUUGGCUAUGGAAACAUUACACCCGUAACAUGGGAGGGUCAAAUCUGUUGCAUAUGUUAUGCAACAAUCGGCAUUCCAAUUUUUCUCCUAUGUAUCGCGAAUAUUAGCGGUGUGUUGGGAGAAAUGUUCCGGUUUGUAUAUGGAAGAAUAUGUUGUGGCGCUUGCUAUAUGAUCAAGAGGCGUCGCGCACAAGCACGAAAAGCGAAAGCAGAAGAAAAUCGGGUAAAUAAUAUGGAUGGCAAUGGUACGAAAAGUAAUGGAUGGGAUGCAGAUGACAAUAUAAACGAAUCAUCAGAAAAGAAAGGACAGUCGAAGACUUUGGAAAAUGAAGCUGGUGAUGUGGACGAAUCGUUGGAUGAUCAACGUGUGACAGUGCCAUUGACGAUCACGAUGUUAAUCAUUGCCGUAUAUAUCUUUGUCGGAUCGGUGAUUUUUCAUAAUUUCGAACAAUGGACUAUGACUCAAGCUGGAUAUUUCUGUUUUAUUACAUUGUCAACAAUCGGAUUUGGUGACUUUGUUCCUGGUCAACAAAAAGGUGAUCCUGUUUACAAGCUGAUUCUCGGUUCGGUCUACGUACUUUUCGGUAUGGCAAUUUUAGCCAUGUGUUUUGAUUUGAUGCAAGAAGAAAUCGUGGCUAAAUUCCGUUGGAUUGGCCGUAAACUUGGUAUUCUGGACAAAGAAGGAGAUGAAUCGAGUACGUCAAACGACAAGUCAGUGAAUAGUGAUAGUACAACACGCCCAACAACUGCUGUAUCGACGAGAGCAUCAACGCCAGCGGCGAAUAGAAAUGGGAAAAUGUCUGACGAUGAUAAUGAAAGUGGCUGGCAAAGGCAAUAUUCUAGUGGAGGACGCAAACUUAGUCCUCGAAAUAAUCAUGCUCGUGUUCAUCCAAUGGAAACAGAUUCAAACGAAGGUACACUUCAUCAACGAGCAGCGGCGACAAAAUUUAAUUAA